GACAGGUAAUUUGAUCGGGGUCACCAUGAUUUUUGUGGUCGGUGGAGGAGAGGGACAUCGCGAUUAUUCUUCAUGUUGUAUGUCCAGCUAUCCUAUGAAUUGGUUUCGAAUCAUUUCUUUCGGCAAGUCUGCAUGUGUUGUCCUUUCUGGAUGUAGGCGAUCGUUUCACUUAUCGAUGGGGUCAGCCGCGCAAGCAAAAAAGCCAUCGGUUACGAUUUCUGAUUAUCUUUUGGAUCGAACGAUUCCCGCAGAAGAAGUGCUCCGAAAACUUACUGAUGCUGAUCAUGAUCGCCUAAAAGUUAUACAAGCCGAACAUCAAUUGAUGGCAGAUCAGGGUCGUCGAGUUCCAUCUCACCUUGAUGCAGAUGAUCUUUUGGAAUUACUCUGCUGUGCUACAUUUGCUUCACGAAUGCGUUACUACGAGUUUGCUUUCAAAAGAGAGAUGACUAGGUUGAACGAAAAGGCCAAAAAGGCUAACAGGCCACCUCGUGAAUAUCCCAGUGACACUUCACCUAAGUCCGGUGAUCGAAUUUUGCGCGUGGUUGAUGCGCAAUUUGUUCGUGCCCAUCGAGAAUCGUGGAUGUGGGCGGAAAUUCGCUGUCAGGAAUCAUCACAAAAGCUCGUGUUCGACUUCUCACAUGAAUCAGAAAUGCGACUGGUCGAUCAGAAGAAUCUAGCUCUCCAAAUGGUAUACUCACUGAACGCAGUCCGAUGCAUGAAACCCCAUCCCUUUCAUAUGGUGUGUUGUGGACUGCUCCCGGGGACCAAUCAGUUUUCCUUUCUGGAAAAGCAAUUCUCUGUCGGUUUUCCGGGCUCCUCGCUCAAAAGCUUGUACGACAUACCAUGGACAAUAUCGCCAAACCACUAUUCCGUCGAUUUUCCGGUCGAUAAUCCAAGCCAGCCAGUGUUCUAUCUCAGUCCAAACGCCUCUCGUUCUUUUGAACCAGGAGAAUGGGACCAUAAUGCUGUGUACGUGGUUGGCGCCUUGGUCGACAAAGCCGUGCACCGCCCCUACACCUUUGCUAAGGCGCGUCGAUUGGAUUUUGUGAAAUCCCAACCACACGUGUCGCCAUUUGCUAGAGCUCAGUCACAACAGUAAUUUGAGAGGCCACCAUCUCAAGCUGACAGAGCAAUACGGCCGUUUGAAAUACCAUCGGAAUUUUUUCCGUACCCGUUUGCAAAACGUUGGAUGCCCUGUCGGAAUCUGUCAUCUGUCCGCCGACGCUGGUCGAAUUCAAAGCCCGAGUACUCAUUUCGCUGCACCAUCUCACAUAACG